AUGUUACUGCAGGCUAAGGACUCUGCUAGUCUGCUACCGGUAGCAGAGCAUUGGUUUGGGCAUAUGCAAAACAAAACUGGAUACAAACGUCAGCCAUUCCCUAACCGACAAAAUGAAGUGUUAUCCUCCAAUGACGACUCCACUUCUAUCAUUGAUUUUCCACAAACACAACGCACACAAGCGGAACUACUUACUGUACCUGUUCCUUGUGACCAGAUAGAUAGAAGUGAACAUAAUAUAUCGGAUAUUAAUUUAGAAUAUGAAGCUGUUUCGGAAACGAAUGACAAUAAUAUUGAUCUCCUUCAUCCGAUUAUAUCUAAUAAAGAAAACCUCUGUAUCAUUUCCGAUAAGAAUACCUGUGAUGCAGUAUUCGUUGAACCGAAGGUAAAUAAUGUUGAUGAUAUAAAUUGGGAUGAUAUGCUUGAUUCGGAAUUAUUUGUAAAAAUUGCCGCUGGCGGAGAAACAGAUUGCGAAGAAUUACAUGAAGAUCAUAACUUUACUAUGGGAUCUACAUUUAACUUGAAUCGGGUUAGUUGUGUGGGCAAAGAGAAUAAAUAUAAGAAGAAAAGCAAAAGGACGAAACAAAAAUCAGAUCGAAGUGCAAAACAACGUAAAUCUAUUAACAAUGCUGAAGAGAGCCAUUCAAAAGUAAUAGUUGAGAUGAAACAAACAAAUAAAAAUAAUUUGCGAAAGCAAAAGUAUACAAAGGCUAUUAAAAAUUGGCUUGAUAACGUUGAAUCCCCGCAUCUCAUGUGUGGAAACGUAGACAAAGACUGCAUUAACGAAUUGAAGGGCGGCGACAAAGAUGAUAUACGGGAAAAUACUGAACCAAAUAAGCAUCUGACCCAAAUGUUUAAUACACCUGACAAAGAAAUACAUUUAGACAAAGCUCAGCCUGCAAUGAGAACCGCAAAGAAAGUUGUUCAAGCUCAAUUGGCCAAUAAGAAUGGUAUCAUGAAAUACAGUAAACCAAAAAUUUUAGAGAACCGACCUCAUACUGAGUCUGCUACUCAGCAAAGUACGACUAAAGAUAACAGAAAUAAAGUAACCAAGAAAUUCGUUGCUCCUAUUAAAUAUCAAACUGUAGAAGGUGUCAAGUUUCAAGUUCACUUAGUUGAUGAAGAAAAUAUUCUUAGUUUCAAUGACAGUCUGCUACAAGCGAAGGAUAAAGAAAUUAUUGCUGUUUUAAUUUAUAGCAAUGGUUUCUGUCAGCUUAAUAGUCAUUACACUGACGACACGUGCUCUCCUAGCGGCAUCAUCAUCUGUCAUAACGCUAUGUUCUACUGUUUCAAGACUCCUGGUCCGAACCUCAAGAAAGCACUAAGUUACUUGCUUACGAACAAUGUCGUAGUGUGUUACGACGCUCGUAGUGUCCUAAUGUUCCUCGCUUCCCAUCUAGAGUUAGACAUUGGCACAAUAGAUAUGCGCGAUGCGAAGAUCGGCGCCACAUUGCUGGAUCCAGACAAUCCUCCGGAGAACUUCUCAGGUCUACAAAGGCUGCUGGCUCUUUCCUCGCAGUCUUCGUCCGUCCUAGGAUCUACUGAAUGUUCGCUACAAAAGUCGAGCUGGUAUAUGAGCCAAUUGAAGGAGUGUUGGGUCAAAUUAUUAGACAUGCUGAUUGAACAUUCUCUAUGGGAUGUAUUCAUUGAAAUUGAAAUGAAACUCAUACCUAUCAUUACUGCCAUGGAGCUUCGUGGCGUAUGCGUCGACAUGAAAACAUUAAACUCGAUGGAGCAAGCAGUAGUCGAUCGGUUGACGGCGGUGGAGGCGCGGUGUUACGAGGUGGCCGGCAGAGUGUUCCAGGUGAGCUCGCCGGCGCAGGUGCGCGCGCUGCUGUACGACGAGCUGCGGCUGGACGAAGAGUGCAACCUCGACGUCGGGGGAACUGAAGCCAAGGGAGCCAAGUCCACGUGCGAGACCACGCUGCGCAGGCUGGCGGCAGUGUCGCAGCACGAGCUGCCGCGCCUGGUACUGGAGUACCGACACCUGCACAAGGCGCACGCCACUUUCUUGGCCGGCAUAGCGCAGCACGUUCGAGACGGAGUUGUCCGACCUACUUGGCUGCAGAUGGCUUCGGCGACGGGGCGCAUCGCGGCCAGCAACCCUAACUUGCAGGCUAUACCUAAGGCUCCCUUCAGCCUCUUCCUGUUCCCCGGUGCAGACGAUGAGAGCGCGUCGUCAUUUACAGAGCGCGCGUCGUCUGUUACAGAGCGCGCGUCGUCUAUUACAGAGCGCGAGUCGUCUAUUACAGAGCGCGCGUCGUCUAUUACAGAGCGCGAGUCGUCUAUUACAGAGCGCGAGUCGUCUGUUACAGAGCGCGCGUCGUCUGUUACAGAGUGCGCGUCGUCUACUACAGAGCGCGCGUCGUCUGUUACAGAGCGCGCGUCGUCUGUUACAGAGCGCGAGUCGUCUGUUACAGAGCGCGCGUCGUCUACUACAGAGCGCGCGUCGUCUGUUACAGAGCGCGCGUCGUCUACUACAGAGCGCGCGUCGUCUGUUACAGAGCGCGCGUCGUCUACUACAGAGCGCGCGUCGUCUGUUACAGAGCGCGCGUCGUCUACUACAGAGCGCGCGUCGUCUACUACAGAGCGCGCGUCGUCUACUACAGAGCGCGCGUCGUCUGUUACAGAGCGCGCGUGUCCGGCGCUCCAGCUCCGCGCGUGCUACGUGGCGCGGCCGGGCCGGCGCCUGCUGGCCGCCGACUUCCGACACAUCGAGUGCCGCGUGUUCGCGCACCUCGCCGCCGACACCCGUCUGCUGCACGCACUGGCCCAGCCGCGCGACUUCUUUACGCAGCUGGCGGCCGACUGGCUAAAGAAGCCUGAGAGCGAAGUAGUAGCCGAAGAAAGGGAGCGGACGAAGCGGUUAGUGUAUGCGAGCCUGUACGGUGCCGGGCCCCGCAAGCUGAUGGAGAUACUGGGCGUCAGCUACCAGCGCGCGCUGGAGGUGGCCGCCAGUUUCCACAGUUCGGCCGCCGACGUGUGCAAGAUGGCCAUGGUGGCGACGACGCGCGCGCUGGACGCGGCGGACGCGGCGCUGGUGCUGCAGGUGCACGACGAGCUCGUGUGGGAGGUGGACGAGCACCGCCUGCACGACGCGGCAGGCCGAGUGCAGCGCGCCAUGGAGCAAUGCGGGCGUGAGUGCGGGCUGAGCGUGCCGCUGCCGGUGUCACUGCGCGCGGGCGCGGACUGGGCGCGCAUGGAGCCCUACACCGUGUGACGUGUCACUGCGCGGGCGCGGACUGGGCGCGCAUGGAGCCCUACACCGUGUGACGUGUCACUGCGCGGGCGCGGACUGGGCGCGCAUGGAGCCCUACACCGUGUGACGUGUCACUGCGCGGGCGCGGACUGGGCGCGCAUGGAGCCCUACACCGUGUGACGUGUCACUGCGCGGGCGCGGACUGGGCGCGCAUGGAGCCCUACACCGUGUGACGUGUCACUGCGCGGGCGCGGACUGGGCGCGCAUGGAGCCCUACACCGUGUGACGUGUCACUGCGCGCGGGCGCGGACUGGGCGCGCAUGGAGCCCUACACCGUGUGACGUGUCACUGCGCGGGCGCGGACUGGGCGCGCAUGGAGCCCUACACCGUGUGACGUGUCACUGCGCGGGCGCGGACUGGGCGCGCAUGGAGCCCUACACCGUGUGACGUGUCACUGCGCGGGCGCGGACUGGGCGCGCAUGGAGCCCUACACCGUGUGACGUGUCACUGCGCGGGCGCGGACUGGGCGCGCAUGGAGCCCUACACCGUGUGACGUGUCACUGCGCGGGCGCGGACUGGGCGCGCAUGGAGCCCUACACCGUGUGACGUGUCACUGCGCGGGCGCGGACUGGGCGCGCAUGGAGCCCUACACCGUGUGACGUGUGGCCUCAAUAUUUACUUUA